UUUUAACGCGGAAGUCGGUGACGCAUAUAGUCUACUGUACAUUCAGAUGCAGAUGGGGGCUAUGAAAUAAACACAACAACAUCGCCAUUUAGUACGGGAAAAAAGCGGCGAGCAGUGCAGGCUACGGUAGGAGUAGUGUUUUGGCCAGCCAUGCCUGUUGCCGUGGCAGCAGCAGCAAGACAGGAAGUGUGUGUGUGAGUACGCCCAGUCCGGUGGUUUCCGCGGGGAUGAACAUGCCACUGCACCAGAUCUCUGUCAUCCCCCGUGAUGUCCCUUCCUCCCGGGUCAGCAGCAGCGGAAAGGCCAAGGACAAAGACAAACAGAAUGAGAAGCCCCUCGGUCAUUCUGCUAGCAGGUCCAGCAAUAUUUCCAAGGCGGGGAGCCCCACCUCCGUCAACGCCCCCUGCAACUUCUCACGAACGUCGGUCACCCCCUCCAACCAGGACAUCUGCAGGAUCUGUCACUGUGAAGGAGAUGAUGAGAGCCCGUUGAUAACACCGUGCCACUGUACGGGCAGCCUGCGUUUCGUCCACCAGGCGUGCCUGCAGCAGUGGAUCAAGUCCUCAGACACACGCUGCUGUGAACUCUGCAAGUACCAGUUCAUCAUGCAGACCAAGCUGAAACCCCUGCGCAAGUGGGAGAAGCUCCAGAUGACGUCUAGUGAGAGGAGGAAGAUCAUUUGUUCUGUGACGUUCCAUGUCAUCGCCAUCACCUGCGUGGUGUGGUCCCUCUACGUGCUCAUCGACCGCACUGCAGACGAGAUCAGAGCAGCCGGAAGAAUCCCAGGUAUCCUGGAGUGGCCAUUCUGGACCAAACUGGUGGUGGUAGCCAUCGGCUUCACUGGCGGCCUGGUCUUCAUGUACAUCCAGUGUAAAGUCUACAUCCAGCUGUGGCGAAGACUCAAGGCCUACAACCGGGUGAUCUACGUCCAGAAUCGCCCGGAGACGUGUAAAAAGCAGAUGUUGGAGAAGCCUCCCCUCAUGGAGCCCAAUGUGGAGCACAAGGAGGCUCUGGCCCCCACCCAGUCAGACACAAACUCCUCCCAGUACACAGAGACAGAAGACUACAGUAUGGAAGUGCUCCAUGUCUGACCGACAUAUACACACAUACAGGGACACACCAUGUCUGACCCACAUAUACACACAUACAGGGACACACCAUGUCUGACCCACAUAUACACACAUACAGGGAUACACCAUGUCUGACCCACAUAUACACACAUGCAGGGACACACCAUGUCUGACCCACAUAUACACACAUACAGGGAUACACCAUGUCUGACCCACAUAUACACACAUACAGGGACACACCAUGUCUGACCCACAUAUACACACAUACAGGGAUACACCAUGUCUGACCCACAUAUACACACAUACAGGGACACACCAUGUUUGACCCACAUAUACACACAUACAGGGACAAACCAUGUCUGACCAACAUACAAGGCAUUCAGAAAGUAUUUAAAUACCUUGACUUUUUCCACAUUUUUUUACGUGACAUACUUGUUCUAAAAUGGAUUAAAUUGAUUUCCCCCUCAUCAAUCUACACACAAUACCAGAUAAUGACAAAGCAAAAUCAGGUUUUUAGAAAUUUUUGCAAUUGUAUAUAAAAAAACAGAAAUAUCACAUUUACAUAAGUAUUCAGACCCUUUACUCAGUACUUUGUUGAUGUAUCUUUUGCAGCGAUUACAGCCUUGAGUCUUGUUGGGUAUGAUGCUACAAGCUUGACACACCUGUAUUUGGGGAGUUUAUACCCUUCCUCUCUGUAGAUCCUUCAAGGUUGGAUGGGAAGCGUCGCUGCACAGCUAUUUUCAGGUCUCUCCAGAGAUGUUUGAUCGGGUUGAAGUACGGGCUCUGGCUGGGCCACUCAAUGAUAUUAAGAGACUUGUCCCGAAGUCACUCCUGCAUUGUCUUGGCUGUGUGCUUAGGGUCGUUGUCCUGUUGGAAGGUGAACCUUCGCCCCAGUCUGAGGUCCUGAGUGCUCUGGAGCAGUUUUUCAUGAAGGAUCUCUCUGUACCGUUCCGUUCAUCUUUCCCUCAUUCCUGACGGGUCUCGUCUGUCCCUGCCGCUGAAAAACAUCCCCACAGCAUGAUGCUGCCACCACCAUACUUCACCAUAGGGAUGGUGCCAGGUUUCCUCAAGAGUUCAAUCUUAGUUUCAUCAGACCAGAGAAUCUUGUUUCUUUUGGUCUGAGAGUCCUUUAGGUACCUUUUGGCAAACUUCAAGUGGGCUAUCAUGUGCCUUUUACUGAGGAGUGGCUUCCGUCUGGCCACUCUACCAUAAAAGCCUGAUUGGUGGAGUGCUGCAGAGAUGGUUUGUUCUUCUGGAAGGUUCUCCCAUCUACACAGAGGAACUCUGGAGCUCUGUCAGAGUGACCAUCGGGUUCUUGUUCACCUCCCUGACCAAGGCUCUUCUCCCCCGAUUGCUUAGUUUAGCUGGGCGGCCAGCUCUAGGAAGAGUCUUGGUGGAUCCAAACUUCUUCCAUUUAAGAAUGAUGGAGGCUACUGUGUUCUUGGAGACCUUCAAUGCUGCAGACAUUUUUUGGUACCCUUCCCCAGAUCUGUGCCUGGACACAAUCCUGUCUCGGAAUUUUACGGACAAUUCCUUCGAACUCAUGGCUUUUUUUUGCUAUGACAUGCACUAUCAACUCUGUGUCCUUUUAUAAACCAGUUAUUUGACUUUACAAAUCAUGUCCAAUCAAUUGAAUGUACCACAAGUGGACUUCAUUCAAGUUGUAUAGACAGCUCAAGGAUGAUCAAUGGAAACAGGAUGCACCUGAGCUCAAUUUCGAUUCUCAUAGCAAAGGGUCAGAAUACUUAUGUAAAUAAGAUGUUUUUUAUUUUUAAUACAUUUGCUAACAUUUCUAAAAACCUGUUUUCACUUUAUGGGGUAUUGUGUGUAGAUUAAUAAGAAUUAAAAUUCCUUUAAUGUAUUUACUAUCUCAUCUCUGUACCCAACACAUGCAAUUAUCUGUAAGGUCUCUGUCGAGCAGUGCAUUUCAAACACAGAUUCAACCAUUUUGCCUCAUAAAGAAUUUCACCAAUUGGUGAGGGGUGGCAGGGUAGCCUAGUGGUUAGAGCGUUGGACUAGUAACCGGAAGGUUUCAAGUUCAAACCCCCGAGCUGACAAGGUACAAAUCUGUCGUUCUACUCCUGAACAGGCAGUUAACCCACUGUUCCUAGGCCGUCAUUGAAAAUAAGAAUUUGUUCUUAACUGACUUGCCAAGUUAAAUAAAGGUAAAAAAAAAUCAAAACAGACAUUGAAUAUCCCUUUGAACAUGGUGAAGUUAUGAAUUACACUUUUUAUGGUGUAUCAAUACACCCAGUCACUACAAAGUUAAAGGCGUCCUUUUUAACUCAGUUGCCUGAGAGGAAGGAAACCGCUCAGAGAUUUCACCAUGAGGCCAAUGGUGACUUUAAAAAAGUUACAGAGUUUAAUGGCUGUGACAGGAGAAAACUGAGGAUGAAUCAACAACAUUGUAGUUACUCCACAAUACUUAUCUGAUUGACAGAGCAAAAAGAAAGAAGCCUGUACAGUAUAAAAAAUAUUCCAUAACAUGCUGUUUGCAACAAGGUACUAACUAAAGUAAUAUUGCAGAAAAUGUGGCAGAGCAAUUAACUUGUUAUGUUUGGGGCAAAUCCAAUACAAUACAUUACUGAGUACCACUCUUCAUAUUUUCAAGCAUAGUGGUGGCUGCAUCAUGUUAUGGGUAUUCUUGUUAUUGUUAAGGAUGGGGGGUUUUACAGGAUAAAAAACAAUGGAAUGGAGAUAAGCACAGGCAAAAUCCUAGAGAAAAACCUGGGAUAGUCUGCUUUCCACCAGACACUGGGAGAUGAAUUCACCUUUCAGCAGGACAAUAACCAAAACACAAGGCCAAACCUACACUGGAGUUGCUUUCCAAGAUGACAGUGAAUGUUCCUGAGUGGCUGAGUUACAGUUCUGACUUAUAUCCACUUUAAAAUCUAUGGCAUGACCUGAAAAUGGUUGUCUAGCAAUGAUCAACAACCAAUUUGACAGAGCUUGAUACAUUUUUUAAAUAGAAAUGGGCAAAUGUUGCACAAUCCAGGUGUGGAAAGCUCUUAGAGACUUACAUAGAAGACUCACAGCUGUAAUCACUGCCAAAGGUGCUUCUACAAAGUAUUGACUCAGGGGUGUGAAUAGUUAUGUAAAUGAGAGAUUUCUGUAUUUCAUGUUUUUGAUUUGUCAUUAUGGGGUAUUGUGUGUAGAUGGGUGAGAAAAAAACAUAUUUAAUGCAUUAUGAAUUCAGGCUGUAACAAAAUGUGGAAUAAGCCAAGAGGUAUGAAUACUGACACACAGGGACACACCAUCUCUGACCUACGAAUACACAUGAAAAGGGACGCAUCAUGUCUGACCAACGUAUAUAAACAUACACAUGAAUGCCACAGGAGGAUGGUGGCACCUUAAUUGGGGAGGACAGGGUUGUGGUAAUGGCUGGAAUGGAAUCAUUUGAAUGGUAUCAAACACAUGGUUUGGUACCAUUCCAUUCACUCUGUUCCAGCCAUUAUUAUGAACCGUCCUCCCCUCAGCAGCCUCCACUGAUCAGCGCACAGAGUGAUACACACAUACACGCAGAUAUACAAAAGACUAUAGUAUGGAUGUUCUCCUGAGGUGUGACCAUCCCACCCUGACCCCACUGUCUCCACACCGUCUAAGACAGGACUACGGACCAACAACCCUCCUUCUUUUUCCCAGGACUUUCUCCACUGGGGCCCGAUGAGCCCAUAGACACCUCUAUCUCUCUCUCUCUCGCUAUAUAUAUAUACACACACACACACACACACACACACACACACACACACACACACACACACACACACACACACACACACACACACACACACACACACACACACACACACACACACACACACACACACACACACAGGUGAACUUACUCUGCUUCAGAGGUUUCAGUGUUUCUGUUUCGUUGUUUGUUUGUUAGCUUGUAUGUUUGGUUUAUUGGUUGUACUUCCUGUGAGUCGUGGGCUAAAGCGCCGCCGGAUCUCUGGAACAUUCUAGAACACUUUGGAACAUUUUGGAACAUUGAACAUUCCAACUACUGCCACCAUACCGCUGACAGCAGAGAGCCCGCUAAGGUCUACAUGCCCGCCCCUCUGGGUUUGGGUCUGUACUGGUCUGGACCAGAUCAGACCGGAUCGUACUGGAUUGUAUCGGAUCUGACCAUGCAUUGAAGCACUUUUUAGUUCCCACCAACAUCCCUCUCAACCCUUUUAUCUUUUAAUAUGAGUCAAGUUCUUUAUAGUAUAUCCCAGCAAACAGAGGACAUCUCUAGGACAUUAAGCGAUGUUCCCAUUAGGUUCUUUUUAGGGUUUCAGCAAGACGUUAUCCAUAAGGGGACAUCAGUGCAGGUCCCGGUUUGGUCGCAGUGUAACGUUAUAGUACGUUUUUUUUAAUGUCCACUAGGGAACUUUAUGAACAGGUUCCUGUUUGGUUCUGGCAACUGGGAACUAAACAGAACCUCCACAGGACCAUGACGCAAUGUCUUAACAACCAUGUCGUGAUGUUCCCGGGAAGUCCUAAGGACACAUUCAUGUUUGCAGUAUAAAUGUGGGAAAUUAUACAGAAACAAAAACAGGAAGAUUUAUGGAAAAAUCUUUUGUUUUAUAUUUGAUAUUUCUGUCCAACACACAGACACAUACACACCUGCCCUCCCUUGGAUGACAAAAAAGGAAUCGAGAAAAGCAAUGAAUGAUGGGGGGAAUGGAAUUUUGCCAAAAUGUUUGUUUCCCUUUUCAUCUAGAAGAACAAACACUGAAAGUCAUUGCUAUAUAUGGUCUACUGGUUAUUCUGGGUUUUUACAUCUUGUUUGGGUUGGGUUGGUACAAUAUUGAUACAGCGUUGAUACAACCAAAACACAACGUUGGGAUAACAUCAGAUCCAGCCAUCCACCUGACAUUACCUCCUUCUACCAUUGGAACUCUUUAAAGGCUCUGAGAAGAAUGUAACGUUUUUAAAACCAUUUUCUACCAACCAUUCAGUCACAGGAAAUUGCUAGAUAAUCUCCCAUGUCAGUCAUCAUCUUAACAUGACCUUUGGAAAACCAACCAAUCAGUCAUGUUUUUUCUAUUGUGUGAAUUAUACAGUACUUCUGGUAUUCCAUGUGCAGUUUUUAAUAAUAAUCUGUUGUUAAUUAUGUUGGUGUAAUCAUGGGUUUUAUGAUGCCUUGAGGAAGCUACAGCUUGCUAUAUUUAGACUGUUAUCUCAUCCUGUCAUCCUCCUCUCCUCUCUUCCCAAGGCAGUUUAUAGUGGGCCAAUUGACUUCUUUGAUCACACUGAUAAUGAUAAUGUAGAUGGAUAAUGCAGAUGGCAUUAUUAAAAUCAUCAAAAAUUACAUAAGAUUAUAUUAAUUUGAUCACUGGCUGGCUGUGUAUUUCCUCCAAUGAGAUGUCCAGAGGCAGAAGGCAUGGAGUACAGGGCCUAUUAUUAUGAGACUGGUUUACCAGGCCUCUAUUGGUUGACCUGGACUCUACUGGUUGACCUGGUCUCUACUGGUUUACCUGGCCUCUAUUGGUUGACCAGGCCUCUAUUGGUUGACCUGGACUCUACUGGUUGACCUGGUCUCUACUGGUUUACCUGGCCUCUAUUGGUUGACCAGGCCUCUAUUGGUUGACCUGUCUCUACUGGUUUACCUGGCCUCUAUUGGUUGACCAGGCCUCUAUUGGUUGACCUGUACUCUAUUGGUUGACCAGGCCUCUAUUGGUUUACCUGGCCUCUAUUGGUUGACCUGGCCUCUAUUGGUUGACCUGGCCUCUAUUGGUUGACCAGGCCUCCAUUGUUUGACCUGGUUCUCUACUGGUUUACCUGGCCUCUAUUGGUUGACCUGGACUCUAUUGGUUGACCAGGCCUCUAUUGGUUGACCAGACCUCUAAUGGUUGACCUGGACUCUACUGGUUUACCUGCCAUGGUAUAUUGCUUGUUUGUUUUUCGCUCUAUGAUUCUAUGAAAAGAGCUAUAGAAAUGUAAUAAAUUAUUAUUAAUGCUGAUCCUAUUUUUACUAUGGUGAUGAGUGUGAGUAGGUUAUACUGUAGCCUAGUUGUACACAUACAGUGGGGCAAAAAAGUAUUUAGUCAGCCACAAAUUGUGCAAGUUCUCCCACUUAAAAAUAUGUGAGAGGCCUGUAAUUUUCAUCAUAGGUACACUUCAACUAUGACAGACAAAAUGAGAUUUUUUUUCUCUCCAGAAAAUCACAUUGUAGGAUUUUUAAUGAAUUUAUUUGCAAAUUAUGGUGGAAGCCACUCCUGCUGUACAGUCAGUUAUUGAGACUCCGGUGUGAGAGAGAGACAAACACCUGAUACAGAGACCUGCAACACAACAUAAAGUUUUUCAGUCGAGCCAAAGUCUCUAUUGCACAGUCAGACAACCUUCCCUUUCUAAGUUACAAUGAUCAGUCCCUAACCCACCUGUUGUUUGAAUAAUCAUUAUUCGAUUUAACUUGAUGUAUCGUUCUUUCUCACAUCUGGCAUAAUGAGGCUUUGAUUAGACACAUUUAUACAUUUUUCGAUUUCAUUUUUCCAAAAGUAAUGUCUAAUGCUUCUCUCCAGUAAAGUUGCCAUAUGUUGACAAUAGAGACACUUGUUUCACAGAGCCAAAACCUUACGUUGUCAUCAAUGAUAUCAGGCAAAUGUAACUUGGUAAGAGUCUAAUAUAGUGUCAAAUUCAAUCUGCGCAGAAUUGCAAGAACAUGAUUUCUUGACUUAAUUACAAUACUAAAAUCUAAAUGCUGAGCAGUGACAGAACAUGAACGUGUACAAUUGGAACCGUCAGCAGAGCAGUUUGUCGGUGAGGAGCCAACUGGGUCACCAUCUAGUGUUUGGAGUAGGGAAGUGCAGUCUGAACACGGGUGUUGUGGUUUCCUCAAGGCAACACUGUGUUUUGGGCUUACAAUCUGUUGUAAGUGCUUUUGUAUCUGUGGGUGAACAGCAAUGCCAGGGUCCUCUCUGACCUUUUACAACCAUUCCAGCAAACACACAUUUUUAUCAACAGUUUAUUUGAUACUAGUGUAAACAUACACACGACAACAACAGAGGUCCAACCAUGACACUUACAAUGACGACAAACAAAACCAAAAUCAGCAUUGUUCUUUCAACAUCUGAUUUCCUGUCAUGUAAAGCCCCAUUGUAUUCUGGGAUUUGGUGUCUUAAUUUGUAUAGAAGUUGGGAUUAGAGUUGUGGGUGACAGGUAGCAUAGUGGCUAGAGCGUUGGGCCAGCAACUGAAAGGUUGCUGGUUAGAAUACCUGAACCGACAAGGUGAAAAAUCUGUAUGUGUCCUUGAGCAAGGCACUUAACCCUAAUUAGCUCCAGGGGCGCUUUACUACUAUGGCUGACCCUGUAAAACAACACAUUUCAUUUCACCUACCUGGUGUAUGACAAUGAAACGUUUUUUUUUGUAUUUGAGAAUCAUGUUUGGUUAUAAAGGGCCUCAUGCUUUCUCAGAACCACACACAGAUAUGUAUUAAUACAUAUUACUAUUGUAUUAUACUGCUGUGAACUCACACAGUCCUCUGUACGGUGUACAUUUUAGGACACCCUCACACAGUCCUCUGUACGGUGUACAUUUUAGGACACCCUCACACAGUCCUCUGUACGGUGUACAUUUUAGGACACCCUCACACAGUCCUCUGUACGGUGUACAUUUUAGGACACCCUCACACAGUCCCCAAGAUGCUCUUUACGAUAAGACAGAAAAAGUGCAAUUACCUUAGCUGACCUGGUCAAUUCUCUAGUACUGUCGCUCUCAUCCAGAGGUUGACUCUCUGGAGACAUGAUGAUUAUUUCUACAUUUUCUGUGUGGUAUUUAUUAUUUUUAAGAAAAAUAUUUGUUUGCAUCAAAAGAGACCCCUUCAAAUUGUGAUUUUAUUCAACUAAUACUAGCAGUACCCAACUCCAGUUGAGCUUUCCUUCUGGAAACCAAUUUCACCUCUGUGUGUUCUCCUGUACAUUCCUUUUCACACUGUUUUAGUUAUUGUUGGAUUCAAGACUCUUUGAAAGGGAGUGGUAAUACACUGAUGCCAGGCUUAAAGUAAACCACACUGUGCUUGGCGUUUAAAGGUCAUUUACUCUUAAGUCGACGUCUAUAGUUCUACCCUCCAUAAGUUAUUCAACCUGCAUUUACAACCUCUGCUUUUACCCGAUCAAUACAAUGGAUACAAAUGAUACAUCCGUUUAUUUUAGUCAGAGAAUUAUUGAGAUUUUCAAAUAUUAACAUUUACAUGAUUGAUAAAUUAAUUGAAAUUAUAGAUUUUAUGAUGAUGUAUAGCUGGCUCCUAUAAUUCUCUCUUUGAGAGAACAUACUUGUUGACUUGUUGAUGUUGACCUUUCAUGUUUCACCUCAGACUUUUAUGUACAGGGCUUUGCUUAGCUAUUUGAUGAGAACAGUUUUUACUGCCAAGCUCUAUAAUAACUUUGUAACAGCGCCCCUCCAUUUUCCUCAGCAUUUGCACAAUUCUGGCAACUUUCCCCAAAUUCCAGCCUUUUCCAGAUGUCCCGGUUGGAAUAUUCACAGAUUUCUGGAAAACCUUACCAUUUUGGGAAAGUUCCUGGAAUACUGAAACCCCUAAACCAUACUGUGUAACAUUACUCUGGCAGAGGUCUGUCUGUUCAUUCAAAGUCAUUUAACAUGUAAGAGAACACGCAUUUCUCCUGCUGAACAUAUGUAGCUUCAACAGCCAUUCAUUAAGGAAAGCCGUUACGUCCCCCAUCAUCAAAAUAAUAACCCUUGUGCUGAGAAAGUGUUACUUGCAUAAAACUACAGUGCUUUACUACUGACUGGACUUGAACAUAAGACUGUUUCCCUCCUUCAUAUAUCAUUCCACAUGUUUGUCUGUGAGUUUACCUUUCAAUAGUAACUGUAUAGAAUUUUGGUAAGAAAAAAAUUACUUAUGUUUAAAAAAAAAAAAAUAUUGAUGUGUUUUGAUUUGUUUCAUUUCCCAUGUUUGAAUAAAGUAUGUAGAUUGAAAAACCAACCAAAUAAAAAUGAAAACCUUUAAACGGUUUGUUAUUAUGAA